AUGGCCACGGGGGGGUUGGCCAAUGUUCUCUACCAAGUCCCGUAUCAGUUCAAAGGUCUGGAGACUAUUUCUAUCGCUAUCUUCAUUACAAACAUAGCGUUGUAUUUGAUCAUAUGGAUGCUGCUGCUGCUACGGUUCUACAUGUUUCCGUAUACUUUCAAAGCAUCGUUCCUCCAUCCUACGGAAUCUCUUUUUGCUCCCGCUGCGAUCGUGUCCUUUGGCACCAUUCUCAUCAAUAUAUCCCAGUAUGGACCAUCUAAGACCGGAGAGUGGCUUCAACAAGCUGUUGUUGUGCUCUUUUGGUUCGACGCAGCUUUGGCGGUAGUUGCAUCUGCCGCGAUAUACCUUGUUUUGUGGUCAACCCAGACCUUCACUAUCGCCCAAAUGACGCCCAUCUGGAUAUUUCCGGCUUACCCCAUGCUGAUUGUCGGCCCACUCGCCGGCGUUUUGAGUGCCAAACUGCCUCAAGCUGAUGCGUGGCGUAUCAUCAUCGGAGGCAACACCAUCCAGGGCAUUGGCUUUCUGGUAUCCAUGAUGGUAUAUUCUGCCUUUAUCUAUCGAUUGAUGACACAAAAGCUUCCAAAGGAAAACCUACGUCCGGGGAUGUUUGUCUCUGUGGGACCUAGUGCGUUUACGGUGGUGGGGCUUGUGUCAAUGGGGAGCAACGCCUAUCGCGCUGUUCCCGAUGGGUUUCUGGGAGAUUCGCAAUUGAGCGCAAAGAUUAUCUGCAUUGUGGCAUAUUUUGCAUCUCUUUGGCUCUGGGGACUGGCGAUCUUUUUUUUCUUUAUAGCCAUCUUCGCACAUACCUCGAUUGUCGGUAGCUCAACGAUGAUCUUCUCCAUGACGUGGUUCUCUUUUGUGUUUCCCAACACUGCUCUGGUGACAUCCACUUUUGCCAUUGCCCGAGCGUUUUCGAGCCGUGCGAUUGGUAUCGUCGGCUGUGUGCUGACUGUGUUCCUCUUCUUCACUUAUUUCUUUGUCUUGUACAUGAUGGUUCGAGCGAUCAGAAUGCGACAUAUUCUAUGGCCCCAAAAGGGCGAAGAUAGAGACGAAGGAGGAUUCAAGACCUACGAGGUCCAACCUAUAACUUGA